AUGAGUCUGGAGAAACUAAGAGAAUUAGAUCCAAACGUGGACAAAAUGAGUUUGGAGGAAAUAUCAGAGCGAACCAAGAUGAUCAACAGUGAAAUACGAUUACUACAGAAUGAAAUUAAUAGUAUCAAAAAUGAGAUUCACAACAAGUCUACAAUGGUUGCAGAGAAUAUGUCUAAGAUCAAGCUUAACAAAAUUUUACCAUUUUUGGUUGGGAAUGUUGUUGAGAUUUUCGAUAACCACAGUGGUGUUAUUUUAACUUCAACCAGGCAGUAUUCAUAUCUGUCAAACCUGGGGUUGGUUCCGACCGAAGAUCUUUCAGCUGGAGACUCUGUUGCGCUUCACAAGGAGACUAACAUUGUUUUUGAAAAGCUGCCACCCACAUACGAUAACAAGGUCUUAGCAAUGGAAUUGGAUGUAAAGCCAGAUGAAACAUAUGAGGACAUUGGUGGCUUGGACAGGCAAAUUGAGGAGUUGAAUGAGGCGAUUGUGCUUCCGCUUAUGUAUCCGGAAAGAUUCAAAAGGCUGAAUAUUACACCGCCCAAAGGCGUGCUGAUGUACGGGCCACCAGGCACAGGAAAGACUUUGAUGGCUAGAGCAUGUGCUGCGAAGACCAGUGCUUCUUUCCUCAAGCUGGCCGGGCCACAGCUUGUUCAAAUGUACAUUGGCGAUGGUGCUAGACUUGUGAGGGAUGCCUUUGCUCUUGCCAGAUCUAAAAAGCCAUGCAUAAUUUUUAUUGACGAAAUCGAUGCUAUCGGUAUUAAGAGAUCAGCAUCAGAUAAAACCGGUGACAGAGAAGUUCAGAGGACUAUGCUUGAGUUACUGAAUGAACUCGAUGGAUUCACUGUGCACGAUGAUAUUAAAAUUAUUGCAGCAACCAAUCGAGUAGAUAUUCUUGAUCCAGCAUUGCUUAGAUCUGGGCGCUUGGAUAGAAAAAUAGAGUUUCCACUUCCAAAUGUUGAAGGCAGAAAGCGGAUUUUACAGAUACAUGCAAGAAAAAUGACGGUGGGUCCCAAUGUUAAUUUUGAUGAGCUUGCAAGAUCAACCGAGGGAUUUAAUGGUGCGCAGUGCAAGGCUGUAUGCGUUGAGGCAGGUAUGGCAGCUAUCCGAAAGAGCAAGAAUGAAAUUGGGCACAAUGAGUUUAUCCAGGGAAUAUCUGAGGUCAUGUCUAAGAAGAAGUCUAGUGUUGUAUAUUUCACUUAA